AUGAGCUUCACCCUUGUCGCCCCGGAUCUGCUGAGGACUGACAGUCCAGAGAAUAUCUAUCUUCAGGCCGAGUAUGUCAUCAGCCCUAUUGAUGUUGGCAUCACUGUGUUCGACUUCACCAAGGCCACGACCCUCUUGACGGACAAGGUCACGCUUGAUCAGAACAAUGGCUUCUACACCCUGAAGUCUAUCCAGAUUCCUUCAGGUCCAUUGAAUCGUGCGGAGAAAAAGAAUAAGUAUGUUAUACUGAAGGUGAACUUUGGAGACUAUCAUGUGGAGGAGAGGACUGUCAUGGUGUCCUUCCACUCCGGAUACAUUUUCAUCCAGACCGACAAGCCCAUCUACAACCCCGGAGACGAAGUCCGCUUAAGAGCGUUUGUAUCAUCACUGACCUUUAAGGCUGUCGACAGCUCUCUCACCAUUGAUAUACAGAAUCCAGAAGGAGUGGUGGUCAAGCAGGUCUUGAGGACCAAGGCUUCUUCUGGUGUCUUUUCAGACUCUUUUUACCUCACAGAAAUGGCUAAUGAAGGUAUGUGGAAGGUGAUUGCCAAGUUUGACCACUGGAAGCAAAACACCUUCACCUCACAUUUUGAGGUGAAGAAAUACGUACUCCCUGCUUUUAACGUAACGUUAACACCUAAAAAGUCCUACCUGAGCCUCGAUGACAAGGAACUGGAGGUCGAGAUCUCAGCCAGGUACCUCUACGGGGAGCCAGUUAAGGGCACAGCCUACGUGUCGUUUGGUGUCAACUUCAACAACGAGAUGAGAAGGUUGCCUUCGGUGAAGCAGUUGUCAAAUCUGGACGGUGGAGUUGUCAAUCUGAGUAUGAAUGAGCUGAAGGCAGCAUACCCAGAUAUCAGGACUUUGGUGGGGAACUCAGUCUAUGUCAAAGCUUCUGUCCUCACUGUGACAGGCAGUGACCUGGUGGAAGCUGAGAAAACGGGCAUCAAGAUCGUAGACUCUCCUUAUGUCCUGUCCUUUAAAGACACAGUCAAAUAUUUCAAACCGGGACUACCCUUUGACUUUACCAUCCAAGUGAGCCACCAUGAUGGUUCCCCAGCCAACAAUGUCCCGGUGAAGGUGAACCUCUUGCAGGAUCCAGUAAUGGUCAGCUCAGGCACAGCCAGGGUCACCGCCAACAUGCCCAACAGUCAAAACCAAGCCCUCACUGCCGAGACCCAGGUGGAAGGCCUCACUCUGGAACAGCAGGCCAAAACCCAACUGGUCCUCUUCCCAUAUCAGAGUUUUGCCAGUCAAAGUCCCAACUACCUCUACAUCUCUACCAGUAGAAACACGGCAUCUCCAGGAGACACGCUUUCCUUCAAACUUACCAUCUCCACUACAGAUCAGAACAUCAGACAACACAUCAAACACAUCACUUACCUGGUGGUCAACAAAGGCCAGAUCGUAGAAGCUCAGCGAUUAGCUGUAACCGGUCAACUGGUAACCAGCGUGGGACUGGUGGUCACUCCCGACUUGAUGCCUUCCUUCCGUGUCGUAGCAUUUUAUAGUCUCCCGUCCCAGGAAGUGGUGGCUGAUUCUAUUUGGGUGGAUGUGACACCAUCCUGUGUUGGAGAUCUGAGCCCAAUAGAUGGCGUGAAGCGAGAUUACACGCCAGGCAAGACCUUCCAGUUCAGAGUCCGAGGCGAUCCAGGGGCCAGCGUUAGCCUGGUGGCUGUGGACAACUCCAUCUUUCUGCUCAAAAAGGACAGACUCACCCAGAGAAAGAUGUGGGAGGCGGUGGAGCAAGGUGAUUUGGGCUGUACCCAUGGAGGAGGCAUCAAUGCCAAGAAGCUCUUUCAGGACGCCGGCCUGCUCUUCACCUCCAGUAUUGGGUUCAGGACCGAUGUCAGGAAAAGUUUGCAUUGCCCAGCCAGCAACAGAAGGAGGCGUUCUGCUGAGCUUUUAAAGCGGAAAGCUCAGCUGGAGAGUCACUACAAGGAGAAACUUGAACAUCGCUGCUGCAAAGACGGUCUUCGAGCCGUGCGCAUGCCAUACUCAUGCACUCGACGCUCCCUCUAUAUCACUGAGGGCUGGGAGUGCAUCAGGGCCUUCCGUUACUGUUGUGCCACCUACCGGGAUGAAGUUCUGGACACAGAGAUGCCCACCACCAUGCCACCCACUACCAUGGCGCCCACCACCACCACCUCCCAGCCAUUAACUGUUGCCGCACGCAUGCACCUUAGUAGAGAAAUGUUCGAUUGGCAACCCCGUAAGGUCAAGGUUGUUGCGUACAGCAACGCCCACAAGACUGCUGAAAUUCCCGAAUUCCACGUCAGGAGACACAGCGUGAGCAUGGAGAAGGCUACUCCUGAACUCGUGGCAAAUGUCGAAAACGAACAAGUGGACGACUACGAGGAGGAAGAAGACGAGUACUUGGACGAAAGCGACGUUUAUCUGCGGUUUAGGUUCUUCGAAUCAUGGCUUUGGACCGAUAUCAGGCUGCCUGAUGAGGCUGACAGAGACGGGCUGGCAUCCAUGGAGGUGAGCCAGCCUCUGCCUGACAGCAUCACAGAGUGGGGCGUCCUUGCCGUCAGCUCCUCUUCAAACACAGGUUUCUGCGUGGCCGAGCCAUACAACGUCAAGGCAUGGAAGCGCUUCUUUGUUGACUUGAAGCUUCCGUACUCGGUGGCCAGAAAUGAGCAGGUGGAGAUAAAAGCCGUCAUCCACAACUACGGUUACGACGACCUACACGUCCGCGUGGUGCUGAUGAAGACAGAAGACAUGUGCAGCGUCGCCUUCCGUGACCGCCACACACAGGAAGUCACUCUACCGGCAGGCACCUCAAAAGCGGUGCCCUACACCAUCAUGCCCCUGGCGGUAGGGCAGCUCCCCAUCGAGGUGAUGGUGGUGGCCCGAGACAUGAUAGUCGGAGACCGCGUACAGAAACCUCUGCGUGUGGUGAUGGAUGGCGUACAAAAGACCAAAGUUUGGAGCAAAGUUUUGAACCCAGGAGCUGAAGGAGGUAAGCAGAGUGUCCGGGUGGGCCGGGUGGCCCUCGAUGGGGUGGUGCCAAACUCUACGCCAGAAACAUUCAUCAACGUACGAGGGAACGUGCUGGCUGACAGCAUUGACAACUCCAUAAGCGAAGACUCCCUGGCAGCACUGAUCCGCAUGCCAGGUGGCUGCGUGGAGCAGAAUCUGGCCAGCAUCACCCUGCCGCUUAUCGCCACCAUCUACCUUGACAGAACGAACAACUGGGAGGCCGUAGGAGUGGAACGCAAAGCCGACGCGCUAAAAUACAUUCGGAAAGGCUAUGCAAAUCAGCUGGUGUACAAGAAAAAAGAAGGCUCUUACCCCCCCUACAGAAGGGAGGGCGCAAGCACUUGGAUCACGGCAUAUGUGGUGAAGGUAUUCUCCAUGGCUCACUCGGUCAUUGGCGUGGACACGAAGCAAGUGUGCGACCCACUCGGCUUUCUGGUGCGCAACAAGCUGGAACUCCCCAGUGGAAGCUUUGUGGAGGACAACCCAGUCUAUAGUACCACUAUGACAGGCGGCAUGCGUGGUGACGACCCUGAGAUCACGUUGACCGCGUUUGUCCUCAUCGCCCUAGCGGAGGCCAAGCAGGCGGGAAUACAGUGCAGUCAGCAAAACCUGAACGAGACUAUCGAGAGCACAACAGCGUUCCUGAAGAAGGCGCUGGAGACGUCGGGCAGGAGGCCGUACACGAUGGCCAUCACUUCCUACGCACUCGCAUUGACGGAAAAAGGCCCCGCUGCCCACGACAUAACCAGGCAGCUCCUCGCAGCAUCUCCAGAUGGCAGCCACUGGCCAGAUGCUCACAACCAUUUGUUCUCACUGGAGGCAACUGGUUAUGCUUUGCUGGCCCUUGUCAAGAUGGAUCGCAUGCAGGAGGCUGCAAAAGCUUUCCAAUGGAUCAAUGGCCAACGCAGAAUGGGCGGAGGGUACGGCUCUACUCAGUCGACCAUGGUGGUGCUGCAGGCACUGUCCGAGUACCUGAUGAAGUCUCGGGCCGCCAACGACCUCUCACUGGACGUGGAUGUCAAGCUCACAGGCCGACGCGACAUUCGAUACCACUUUAACGCCAGAACUGCCUAUGCGGCACAAUCGUCUAGGCUUCCAGCUGAUCUGGACCUGACAGUAGAGGCCACAGGCAGCGGGCAAGGAAUACUUGAGGUGGUGACGUAUUAUAACCAGCUACACGAGGUGGACGAAAAGACACCUUGCCAACACUUUGAGCUCAGCGUUGGUAUUGAGGAAUCGAGCGAAAAGGCUCCAGCAGAUGUGGAAAAGUCUUACCUGAUGACCAUCAAAGUCAGGGCUUUAGGAACCAGUGACCUCAGGCUGGUGGUGUUGGACAUCAGUUUGCCCACAGGGUUUACCCCGGAAAACUCGGACCUGGAGAUUCUUUCCAAUUCAGUGGACCACUACAUCAGCGACUUCAAGAUGGUGGACAACCUUAGCGACAGAGGCUCGCUCAUCAUCCACUUGUUCAAGGUGUCCCACGUGGAACCUGAGAUCCUCAUCUUCAGACUCCAGCAGAACUUCAAAGUUGGCCUUCUGCAGCCCUCCUCGGUCACCGUGUACGAGUACUACAAUCCUGACCACCGCUGCAGUAAGAUGUACACCCCCCCUCAGGACCAGGAGGAUCUGACGCACAUCUGCAAGGACAACGUCUGUCGCUGCACACAGGGUGACUGCUGUGUAGCCAAAGCAGACAGUGAGAGCUUCAGUGCCAAGGAGAGAGAGACAUUUGCCUGCACGUCACUUCACCACGUGUUCCAGGUGAAAGUUGUAAGCGUCCAACAGAGUUAUUACGACAAGUAUGAGAUGGAGAUAACACGAGUCAUCAAACUGGGCGUGGAAGCGGGAGUGGAGGCAGGGCAAACCAGGAUAUUCCUGUCCCACGGAGGCUGCAGAGAGCGGCUUGACUUGAAGGUGGGCUCCCAGUACCUCAUCAUUGGACCCAAGGAAGACCAAUGGGAUGUAGAUGCCGAGAACAAUAGAUUCGUGUAUACAUUGGGGGCGGGCACGUGGGUGGAGCGCUGGCCUUCACCCACCGAGUGUACAAGCGGAAUCCUGCGGGACAAAUGUGCCCACCUGGAUGCUGCCGCCACAGAACUAUCGCUCAACGCUUGCCGCUUAUGA